ACGGUUAGUAAAGAACCCAAAGAGAUGCCCUAAAGGCAUAUAAACCACCUUUACCUCCCAUUUUACAGAGUCGGUAGAUAGAGAGAAAGACGCUUCUGGUCAGUUUUCGUUAAACCCGCCGGAGAAACUAGCGACUACGGUGGUCGAACCCGUCUGACGUCGUAGAAUUCAUCGUAAUCUUCACUUCCUUUCUUCCCCGACAAAAUCAUCGAUCUGUGUUUGCCAAUCAGAUUCACCGGAACUUCUAGUUAGGACGAUUGUGAAAAAUGUCGUCAUCGUUAGAACAAGAAAUCUUCUUACAGUGGGGAAACAAGAAGAGAUUGAGAUGUCUUAGAGCCAAAGCCAAAAAGAUCUCUCGUUCUAAAAACUCUUCUCGCUUUCUAGGUCAAGAUACCGUCCUCCUUCAAUCCUCUAGAUUCUCCAGAGGAUCAGAAGGAGCAAUCCUCAGAUCUGGACUACCAGAUCGCCGGAGACCGUCUCCGGAGAAAGAGGAGAGGUAUUAUACUACGAGAGGUGUAGUGGAUAACAUUGGGAAAGAUUGUUUAGAUGGAAACAUCAAUGGAGAAGAUAGCAACAACAAGGAAGAGAGUAUGUGGCCUAAGCUCUUUAUAACAUUAUCAAACAAAGAGAAAGAAGAAGAUUUCAUGGCUAUGAAAGGUUGCAAACCUUCUCAUAGGCCUAAGAAGAGAGCUAAACUCAUCCAAAGAAGCUUACUUUUGGUGAGUCCUGGAACAUGGUUGGCUGAUUUGUGCCCUGAUAGAUACGAUGUUAGGGUGAAGAAGAGCUCUAAGAAGAGGCGAGCAAGAGGGCUAAAAGCCAUGGGAAACAUGGAGACUGAUUCAGAUUGACAAGUUUUAAGAUUAGUUUACUAGAAAUGUUUGCGUAUUGAUUUAAGCUAACUUUCGUGGGUUUCCUUAAGCAAUCUUUAAGAAUGUAUUUUAGAUGAAAUUAUUCGGUUGAGCACUUUGAACACAAGGAUAUAUCAUUUCUUUGUGACAAUGUAUGUACCUGUUGUAACUUGUAACCCUAUCCUAAUCUAUUGUUUCAGAUAAUGUACUUUAGUCCUAUUUGGCGGCACUUAAUCAUGGGCUCAAGUGUAACCAAUUAUUGUAUGACAUAUACUAUCUUCAUUUUCUUUGUGAUGGAACAAUGACAAAUCUGUUACAAAAUGCGUUUGA